GGGUGCGCGAUGCGAUCGACGAUGCUGUGAUCUUGCAUCUCAGAUCCAGAUUCAUCGCACAUUUUUCCCUUCGCGUCAAUUCUGCAGUCUCAGCCACCUUGAGCGACCUCGCCGCUUCCUACGCCCACAGGGGCCUUCAGCUGGCAACUUUCGAAAUGACCUCUAGUCUGGCUGCUCAGUUGGCGCAGAGCGCAUCUCUGAACGCUGCUUUGCUGAAUACAUCUCGUCGAAGGUCGACCGAGUCCUACCUCUUUUCUGCCAAAGAGGCGCAACAACAUGACCUUGACGCUAUCUUCGCCCUUGGGACCAAUGGUUUUGCGCAGCUGAAGUCUCUGGACUCCGCCUUGAGGCACUUUGAGCAAGCGCUCUUCUCCGACUCAGCGAAGGGCACGGACAGGACGUUGCUCCCUGCGGACGCGAACGCAGAACUGGACAGGCAAAUUGCCUCUUUCCUACCCCUCAUCGGGCCCUUUCUCUUGGAUGCACCGACAGGGAGGGUAUUGGAAUGGCUAGUACGGCGGUUCAGAAUCAACGAAUUUAAUGUCCAGGACGUUCUUACUUUGUUUCUUCCUUAUCAUGAGUCACCUCACUUCGACAAAAUGCUAUCUAUCCUGCACAUCGACGACAAUUCUAUGUUCCGAUUCUUGCAGGCGUACAAAACCACCUCAAAACCCCUCCCUCGCUCCGGCCUAGAUUCCGAGAUGCGCAAGCACUCCGACUUGGCUCGAUUCAUUACCAACUUGCUCCCAAACACGCUGAAGAAUGGCGGUGCGGGGACGCACAAAGCUCUUGUAAUCUUCCAUACUGGAGUACUGCUCGACUUCAUUGCAAAGAGCCAGGUGCUAGACGAGGGUACGACGGCCUUCCUCUUGGCGGCUUCGCUUGAGGUGCUACAGAUCGAGCCCAGCGAGGCUGGCAAGGCGAACGGGUCCCUUUUACAGGAGGCCGGGCUGUCGAGCCUGCUCGUCCUUGCCGCACUUUCCAACAAGUGUUAUCUUACACAGAAGGCAUUGAAAACGAUUCUGAAUGCUGUCGCGACAUGCGCAGAACGUAUCUCGGCAAAACAGCUCGUGCGCACGUUAGCUUGUCUCUGCGCACCUCAGGACGAAUCGGAGAAGCUACCGCGUGCUCUACUUUCAGCGGCAUUGAAGAAAGCCGAUAUCGACACAGAGCUCAGGGAAUCUCUGGUAUAUGUUGGCUCAGAGAAGCUCAUUCAUCCUUGGAUUAGAGCCCUCGUUGCGAAGCUGGAGAAGGAGCGUUACUACGAGGCCCUCACAUCCCUCCUCUCCUACGCCUCGCUCCCUGAAGUCAUCACUCGCCACACAACGUCGGCGCUACUACAGAAGGUCAUUGCUGCGGAGGACCCCUCUGCUGCUGAUGCACUCAAUGCUCGCAGGGCCCUCUCCGUCCUUCAAUUGCAUCAUUCGCGCAUAGUCGAGGCAGUAUGCAGAGAAGCUGUGAAAGAAGAGGAUACGCGGGAGGCCGUAGAACAGAUUGUAUUGGCCUUGGCAAUGGCGGUGCCUGGCCACUUGAAAGCAAGCAAGGCCGACACGGACAUGAUCGUCGCCUCCAUGAACGCGGACGCCAACGUGCGUGCUCUGGCUGUGAAAGAGCUUUGCGACAAGCUCGCAAACGAAGCGACCGCAGCCGCCGAGAAGGAUGCGGCGAAGGACGCCCUGCGUACCCGUAUACUCGACACUACCCCAUCCGUCAUCGAAGCCCUAUACUCCAGGCAUACGGAGCUCCUGCCCGUCCUCCUGGAGGAUCCCUCGACCUAUAUCUCGUCGCUCGCCUUCUCAUUGCACGCGCCCAAGGCGAGCCCAUCGCGAGCCCUCAUGCGUCUUCAUCUCUCCUUCCUGGCCACGCACUUCUACCCAGCUUUGCGCGCGCAGGACCCCGCGCUGGCGGAACGCGUGGUAUUCGACCUCUUCUUCCCGUGCCUAGUUACCUCCAAGCCGCGUCAGAAGACCGCGAACAUGGCAUGGGAGAUCCUGGAGGGCUCCGAGGGCGAGAACGGUAUCGCGCGGUACGAGCUCUUGGGUGGAUGUGUUGAUGCUGUAAGGUGGCAACAGCAACAGCUCGGCGGGAAGGCCGGUGAGGAGGUGAGGGAGGAUGAGGGGUACAAGGGCAUGGAGAGACUGGCCAGGGUCGAUCUUGCGCUGUCUGCCAAGAUGGCUGACAACAUCCUGGCGUCGAACAACUACUCUCACCUGUUCGGUCUUCUGAUGUGGAAGCUGCAAGACCCGAAUCCGCACGCACGGUCGCUUGCCUACCUCACGGCUCGCGCGCUGCUCUCUCGUCUCUCUGGCGAACAUCAGAUCGACGCAGCCCACGCCAUCAUCCGGGCGACCGGGCUUGAGUCGCUAGAGGGAAUGGGCGAGUUCAUGCGCACCGUCACUGAUCUGACUGCGUUUUUGCACGACAUGAGCGUAGCCUCGGCCGUUGUUCUAAAGCCGAGCAGCCAAAGCACGCUGCAACGACUUCAGAUCUCCAUCCUGGCGAUGAUGCCUGUCAUCGCUCGUCCAGCCGGUGUACACCUGGACUGGCUGACCACGCCGUCCGAAGCUCCUGUUGACAUGCACGGAAAUGACACGCGCGGGAUCAGAUAUAUUCAGCUCCUUCGCGCCGUCUAUAUCCUUAGCAACUCCUCUGCUGCCCUCCCUGCGCUCUCCCUCCACCUUCUCCGUGCGCUCUUCGUUAACCUCGGCGACGAGUCACUCGGUUUCCUCGCUGGUAUAUGGCUCAGCCCCUCUCUCCCAGCAAAGGGACGCGAUGCCGAUUACUUGCGUACUGCUGCGCUGCACCACGCCGCUGCCUUCCUCGAAGCGCACCAUGCCACUCAGCACUGGCUGGACUUCCAGACAGUCCUUCCUGCCGUGCUCGUCGCGGUGCAAAAUCCUGACCGCCGUAUCCGCGAAGCCGCUGUGGCCUGCCUCCAGGUGUUGGUAAAGCUCGUGGAGAAAGAGCCUUCCGGGAUAUAUGCCUACGACGCCAUCUACGGACCACCCUCCAAGCUCCUUCAGUAUACGGAAUGGGCUGACUUCGGCAAGUACGUUGCGGCGCUGGGAUCGGUCUCGGAGCAUAUGAUGCACGAUCCCGCAUAUGUACGAGAGUUUCACAAGGAGCACCUCAGUGUCGCCAAGGGCGAUGGGAAGAAAGUCGCGGGCUAUAAGCAGCGUAUUGUGUUCUACUUAUUGUCGCAUGUCAACGCCUGCCCGAUGCCGAACGUCAAGUUAGCGAUUCUACGCAGCCUCGAGACAACCUCGAGUGGUAGCAAGUGCCAGGCCUUGCAGCCUACGCUAGAACACCUCUCCGAAGUGGUACCACCGUCAUUGGAAGUCGUCGACAAGGACACCGAAGACAUCUUCGUGCUUGCGACAUCAUCCUUCGACGCUUCGGCAGUCGCUGAACUGAACGAGAGCACCAAGACGACGUGGUCUGUGUUCGAGCAGUGCCUGCGCACGUGCCUCCUCAACCGCGGCUUGAAGGUCGCAAGGGCGGCCAUCAUCCGCAAUGUUCAGCAAGUAGUCCGCAGUCGACUGUCGGUCGAUCGCCAAGAACAGUUGUGUCAGUUCUUAUUGGACAUCGCAAUACAGUCGAGCACGGCAAUGGCCGACUGCAAGUUGCUUCUGGACAGUGUCUUGAGCGAUGUUUCACUCAUCAUUCGCCUGCUCGUGCUCCUCCAGCCCGUCGUGAUUGACGCUGCUGAACGUGCCCAAAAGAGAGCCAGAAUGGACCCAGCCGCUGCCCGUGACAGUGACAUCAAGGGGCAAUCACUGACAUUGCUUGUGGAAGUGCUGGGUGCAAAGAGCUUGCCGGGCUCGAUGGAGCUCGUUGCUAGCUUAUUGGAGACUCUGACCCGGGUCGUGCAUGACACUUCCGCCGUUCCCGCUGACAGGACGUAUCUUGAGCAACUGCUCAUGAAUGCAUUGGAAAGUUCUGUGGCUAACAUGCCGGCGAACAUACAAGCUGGCAGCAUACGCGUGGAUAUCCUCACUGAACUGAUCAGAGCUGUUGACAACCCGCAGACGUUCCACCAAGCUCUCUUGUUGAUCGCGGCCAUGGCGCGCCUCGCGCCCGAUGCCAUUCUACACAACGUCAUGCCUGUCUUCACAUUCAUGGGCUCGAAUGUGUUCCACAGGGAUGAUUCAUACAGCUUCCGUGUUGUGCAGAAGACGAUAGACAGUAUUGUUCCAGUCAUGGUUGCGUCGUUGCGAAGCGAUCACGCGCUUGGUUUGGAUCUGUACCUGGCCUCCCGCGAUUUCUUGCGCAUCUUCACCGACGCAUCAAAUCACAUCCCUCGUCACCGUCGGGUCAACUUCUAUUCUCAUCUUGUCGAUGUCCUCGGUCCGGAUGAUUUCUUGGCUCCUGUCUGCAUGCUAUUAGUGGACAAGGUCUCCAAGCGAGUUGUCCGGCAGGAUACAAGCGAUUCCCGGACUUCGCUUGCUCUACCCAUCGCUACAUUCCAGAGUUGCAGCAUGAAGAGACAAAUAGAGCUGUUGGUCGAAACUGCUCUUGAAGCCGAACGUCUAGUCAAUCGAGGAUUCAUCAACGCUUCCGAACCUUGCUUCAUGGCUUAUCCUACAGACGACGAAGAGAGUCUUCGAACCGCAUCCACACAACGCGCUCUCGCGCUGUUAGUCUACUGUACACAUGCUGUUGAAGAGCUCGUGGCAGCGCUGUCGGGCAAAUCAAGGAGCUCAGAAGGACUGAUGUCCUCAGAACUUCUCUCCGUGCUGCUGAGGAUAUCAGUCGUAGCUGAUGCACAAGACGAUGGCAAAGAGGUCGCACAGGCUGCGCGCAGGGCAAUGGCGGGCACGCUGAAGGCCAUGGCUGCAGCUGAGUUCAUGAGUGGUGUCCUGAAAAUGCUACAUUCCGCAGACUGGAAGGUGCAACUGGGUGUCUUGGAUGUACUCAAAGACCGUGUCGGAGACAUAGCAGACCAAACGCGUCGCGAUUUGGCACAGACAGUGAAGGACAUAGUCGAGACUAUCCGGUCCAUUAUUUCCGGUGAGCCGGAGGAAGCCCUUGCAGUGGUGUCCCUGCAGUCCUUGGGAAGCAUCACGAGUACUGCAGAGCCUGGCGAGCUCAAUUCGCUGGCUACUAUCGUACCAUUAAUACUUGCUCGUGUGCAUGCGGAGGCAACAUCAUCGGCAGCACUCGGAGUGCUUUCGCCUAUGUGCUCCAAGUUAGGUCCACGCAUAAUACCCCACCUGAAGUCGAUCGUUCGGGAGUGCACCAAAGUCCUAGGCUCGAAUGCCACAUCUACUGACGAUAGUAGUCCUAUCAUGGGAGCUUCGAGCGUCCUCCAGACUCUACUUUCUGCGGUUCCCACAUUCUGGGGCGAAAAGGAGAUACUACUUGUCACUGACACCUACCUGCGGACGUGUGAAGACGCGUCGCACUUGGAGACAAGCUACUUGACUCCUAUCAUCAAGACGAUGACGAAGCGUCUGCCGUCUAAAUUGCUACUGCCAACUCUGUCUAAGCUCUGGUCGUCGACAUCGGAUCUAAAUGGCCCUACUUUCAUCGAGAGUAGAUAUGCUGGCUUCUUCACGCUCCUGAAGCGAAGCCUUCGGGCGGCAGAGCGACCGGUAGUCCUCGAGCACAUACGGACGCUAUUCACCACAUUCCAGACAGCAUUUGAGCUAAUCACGGACACUAACCGUUCGGAGAUCGAACAUGCCGUGAUAACAUCAUUCCUCGAACUCGUCGUCAAGCUCAACGAGACAGCAUUCCGGCCUCUGUUCCGGAAGCUCUCAGACUGGGCAUUUACUGACGAAGGAUCUGGACACGUCCGGGGUGUCACCUUCUGUCACACUUACUCCGCUUUGCUCGAUUACUUCAAGACCCUGAUGGUGCCUUACAUGACGUUCACCUGGAUUCCUUUCCUCAAGCUCCUUGAUGAACAUUACAAGAACCCUGCACAAAAUCCAGAUUUAUGGACAUCCAUUCUCACAGUGGUCUCGAAGACACUGGCGUCAGAUGAAGGAGCCUUUUGGCGCGAAGACAAGAUACGUCAGUUGGUUACCGCCUUGGUCAAGCAAAUACCGGUCUGUGUACAGUUGCGUUCGCCGGAGGGCCGAAAAGCGCUGCUGGACUGUCUGGUCGCCACAAUGGAGGUGGUGAACGACGAUGACCUACUGAAGACCAUGAACAUUGACAUAUUGAUGCACACACGAUCGGAGGAGGCGUCAUUGCGUCUGUUCAGCGUAUCUUGCAGCACUUCUCUAUGGAAGGCGCACGGCGGGAAAUUGCUAGGUCUUGUGGCCGAGACUGCGACAUUCAUCACUGAGUGCGCAGAGGACGAUAACGACAGCGUCGUACGUGAAGCGCACAACCUGAAGGAUGCAGUGGAGAGUGUGGCCGGUAAAAUUGAUGUGUAG